UGGUGUUUUAGAAAUAUGGAUUGCUUCAGUUUUAACAAAUCAGUUACAAAAUGGAACCAUGACAUUUCCUUGUCCAGACUUCCAUUUAACAUUGUGUUAGGAUGCCUUCUCGUGAUCGGCAUUGUUGGAAAUUCAAUAGUUGUUCAUGUGUGUCGCCUUAAGCAAAAGAGAGCGGUUUCUUCUCGUCUACAAACCAACCAAACGAUACUUGGAUCCUCGUCGCCAUAGGAUCGUAGUUGUUUUAACUGUUAUUCUUGUUCCUUUGGUUAUUGCUAUUCCGAUGUGCAUUUUCUCUGGAACGGUUGAAAUCAAACUUUUUCUCUUGGACGGUCAAAAUAGGACAAAGUGUUCCUGUGAGUCGAGUGCUGGUAGAUUUGUAGGAACUGAAGAAAAUUAUCUAGUUUUUCUUUUCAUUCUAUCACUUCUUCUUAUACUGGCAACCGCUCUUUUCUACAUUCCUGUAGGAAUGAUGAUUAUAAGAAAACAUCGGGAAUUAAAAUCGUCGCAAAAUGCUCAAGAUUUUUCAUUGAAUUCUAUUGAUGCUGUGGCGUCCGCUACCUCAGAUUCAAAUGACGUGGAAACAAAUUUGAAAGCGGAAAGGCGCGAAAAUCGCAGACGACCUAACAAAACCUUAAAUUUUCACAUGAUGUUCGGAGUUAUAGUUAUUUCUUACCUUCUGGCUUACAUACCUACCUUUUCCUUACUCCUCAUUCAGAGAGGUAAACCCAGUUAUUGGUUAGAAAUGACAGGAUGGGAGUUGACAACUUUGCUUCUUCUUCGAAGGUUCCAUCUCUUUUCGAACAUCAUCAAUCCGUUUGUAUAUGGUUAUUUCGAUAUCACCUUCAGGGAUUAUUACCAUUCACUUCUAAGGACAAUGUUUCAGUGCUUUAGGAAGGCGGGUUCAUCUAACUGUAACGAUCAUGUGAGCUCAAUUGAUAAUGAGACAGUGAGCACGAAAUAUUAGCAAAAGACAUUUGUAUUCUUAA